GAAAGAGAACCGUAGACGUCCCCAUGCCCAGUGCACGCAGUACCUCCUCCCCUCAGAGCAACGUGACAGGAAUCAGGACACCGGAUGAUAAACAAUAUGUGCUGCUGGUCCUACAUACAAUAUAGACCUACCGAUGAGGUAGCAGCAUCGGCUGAGGAAAAUUGGUUACAUAAAUGACAUAUUCAGAGUAAUAAUGGCAACAGUUAAACCAGAUGACAGACUGACAAGUUCUCAGGGCUUCAUGUGCGUUGGUUUUGCGGGAGUUUUCAGUAAAACUGUCACGUCGCCCCUGGAGGUGGUGAAAAUCAAGAGUCAAGUGGGCACAUUUCACUGUAAAAAAGGCUUUCUCCACAGCUUUCUUGUAGUCUACCAGAAAGAAGGCAUACGAGGAUUUUGGAAGGGGAACCUCGUCUCCUGUCUCCGCCUGUUUCCUUACAGCGCCGUCCAUUUGUCAACAUACAAACAGAUCGUCCACCUCCAUAUGGAUGAAUUGGGCUACGUCUCUCAGUGGAGGGCCAUUUUUGCUGGUGGGCUAGCUGGUAUAAGUGCAGCGCUGGCCACGUACCCUCUGGAGGUGGCAGAGACCCACCUCAUAGCUCAGAACUGCAGAGAGCCUACCUACAGGGGGGUGGUCCAUACGCUUUCCAAGAUAUACCAGACCGAAGGCCUUCGAGCACUCUACAGGGGCUUCUCUCUCACAAUCCUCGGUGCAUUUCCCUUCUCUAUUGGUUGCUAUGCAGUCUACAUCAACUUGGACAAGCUGUGGCGGAAGCCCCAAUUCCGGUUCACAGCCUUACAGAACUUCAUCAAUGGCUGCAUAGCCGCAGGAGUGGCCCAAACCCUCUCCUACCCCUUUGAAACUGUGAAAAGGAAAAUGCAGGCCCAGAACCCUCGGCUCCCCCAUUAUGGCGGCGCUGAUAUCCACUUCACUGGAAUGUUGGACUGCUUCAGGCAGGUGAUCAGAAACAAGGGCAUCCUGACACUGUGGAGUGGCAUCACAGCCAACAUGGUCAAGAUUGUUCCAUACUUUGGCCUUCUCUUCAGCUGCUUUGAGAUGUGCAAGCAGGUCUGUCUGUACCGCAACGGGUACAUUGUGUCUCCAUUGAGCUAUAAGUUGGCACCAGGCGUGGACCAGAGCAUGGGCCCUACUGAGGUGGAAGAGGUGAAACAGUACCUGAAGAAUAGGAAGUUUCAGUCACAGCAAGGAAGUCGCUGGUGAAACUGGUGUAACAAAACCUGCAGAAGGGGAUGAUGACCAUUGGUAUAGGAACGUGUCUGAACUAUCAAAAAGAGUCAGGAAUAUUUGUUGGAAUGCAAUACUUUGAAGAUGACAAUUUGGUUGAUGCCAGGUCUUUUACAGCUUUGUGAAUUAGUAACCAUUUCAGAAUCGGAGGUAGAUCCAUUGAUAGACAAUCAUGCUGUAUUGUUUUUUAAAGUUGCAAUGCAAUCAUAGGAAUUGUACUUUUAUACUUAAACACAUGGAUUUUUUUUUACUGUUUUGUUCAGAGCAAGGUUAUGGUAUUUUCUAACGUUGUUAUACAGUUUGACAGUAUUUGAUACUAUUGCACUCAUUCCGCUCCAGCCAUUACCAGGAGCUCCUCUUCCCCAAUUCAGGUGCCACCAACCUCCUGUGUAAUAUGGUCGGCCUUACGUAAAGGUCAUGAAGAGGAACACAAAGCACAAACCUGUUAUAAGAUGGAAUUAGCUUACUAAUGCCAAUUAAUGUUUUUCAUUGUGUACAUUAGGUUGUAAUGACUAUUUUAACAGACUUGGGUAUAUCAUAUUUAUAUGCCUUAAAGUUUCCAUAUUUAUUAUAAGUCUUAUUUCACUGACUGUUUUAAUUAUGCGUGGUAGUUAUUCACCCAAAGGAUCUGAUUGUGUCCUAGCCACUUAUCAGUCACUAACUUUCAUAGCACAUACAGUAUGUAUCAUUGUGUUGUGAAUCUAGCAAUAAGAUUGUAACUGAAGCACACCAAUGUCAAGUUUACGUGUACUGUAUACGGUAUGUAAUACAUUGGAUUGAUGAAACAAUGCAAAUCUCUGUUUUAGAUUGAGAUGAUUCAGAAUCAUUGAAGUGAAAUGUACUUGAACAGUCAUUGUAAUGGCUGAGAUUUGUACUGUACAUCAAAGCACAAUUAGAGAAGUGAAAGAGGUGGCCUGAGAGGGGCUGAUAUGCGGGCACCCUGACAAAACUACACUAGAUAUAAGUAUGUGGACACCCCUUCAAAUGAGUGGAUUCGGCUGUUUCAGCUACACCUGACAGGUGUAUAAAAUUGAGCACACAGCCAUACAGUCUCCAUAGACAAACAUUGGCAGUAGAAUGGCCUUACUGAAGAGCUCAGUGAUUGUUAACGUGGCACCGUCAUAGGAUGCCACCUUUCCAAAAAGUCAGUUCAUCAAAUUUCUGCCCUGGUUAACUGUAAGUGCUGUUGUUGUGAAGUGGAACUGACUAGGAGCAACAACGGCUUAGCCACGAAGUGGUAGGCCACAGAAUGGGACUGCCAAGUGCUGAAGCGUGUAAAAAAUGGUCUGUCCUCGGUUGCAACACUCACUACCGAGUUCCAAACUGCCUCUGGAAGCAACCAGUUUGUUGGGAGAUUCAUGAAAUGGGUUUCCAUGGCCGAACAGCAACACACAAGCCUAAGAUCACAAUGCCAAGCGUCCGCUGGGGUGGUGUAAAGCUUGCCGCCGUUGCACUCUGGAACAGUGGAAACGUGUUCUCUGGAGUGAUCAAUCACGCUUCACCAUCUGGCACUCGACGGACGAAUCUGGGUUUGGCAGAUGCCAGGAGAACGCUCCAGUGAAGCGAAAUCUUAACACUACUGCAUACAAUGACAUUAUAGUCGAUUCUGUGCUUCCAACUUUGUGGCUACUGUUUGGGGAAGGCCCUUUCCUGUUUCAGCAUGUUAAUGCUCCUGUGCACAAAGCAAGCUCCAUACAGAAGUGAUUUGUUGAGAUCUGUGUGGAAGAACUUGACAGGCCUGCACAGAGCCCUGACCUUAACCCUAUCGAACACCUUUGGGAUGAAUUGGAAUGCCGACUGCGAGCUAGGCCAUUCAGCUCGUGGCUGAAUGGAAGCAAGACCAUGCAUCAAUGUUCCAACAUCUAGUGGAAAGUCUUCGCAGAAGAGUGGAGACUGUUAUAGUAUCAAAGGGGGGACCAACUCCAUAUUAGUGCCCAUGAUUUUGGAUUGAGAUGUUCGACUAGCAGGUGUCCACAUACUUUGUAGUGUAUCACAGCGAUGCCCAGUGAGGUGAGCUUACCAGACAAGCUAAAUGCCUUCUAUGUUUCGCAAGCAACCCUGAACCAAGCAUGAAAGCACCAGCUGUUUCGGAUAAAUGUGUGAUCACAUUCUCCGUUGUCAAUGUAAGACUUUUAAACAGGUUAACAUUCACAAGGCCACAGGGCCAGACAGCAUACCAGGACACAUACUCAGAGCAUGCACUGACAAGCUGGCAAGUGUCUUCACUGAAAGUUUCAACUUCUCCUUGGCCCAGUCUGUAAUACCUACAUGUUUCAAGCAGACCACCAUAGUCCCUGUGCCAAAGAGCGCCAAGGUAACCCGUCUAAAUGACUAUUGCCCUGUAGAACUCACAUCUAUAGAUAUUAAACGCUUUUAAAGGCUGGUCAUGGCUCACAUCAACACUAUCAUCCCAGACAUCUUGGACCCACUACAAUUCGCACACUUCCAACAGAUCCACCGAUGACACAAUCUAUAUUGCACCCCACACUGCCCUCUCCCACCUCAACAAGAGAAACACCUAUGUGAGAAUGCUGUUAAUUGACUACAGCUCAGCAUUAAUAACGAUAGCUCAUCACUAAGCUAAGGACCCUGGGACUGACCACCUCCAUCUGAAACUGGACCCUGGACUUCCUGACGAGCCACCCUCGGGUGGUGAGUGUAGGCAACAAUACAUCCGCCAUGCUGACCCUCAACACGGGGGCCCCUCAGGAAGUCCAGGGUCCAGUUUCAGAUUAGUCCCCUCCUGUACUCCCUGUUCACCCUAAGACUGCUUGGCUGCGCACAACUCCAACACCAUCAUUAAGUUUGCUGAUGGCACGACGGUGGUAGACCUGAUCACCGAUCACGAUGAGACAGCCUAUAGGGAAGAGGUCUGAGAACUGGCAAUGUGGUGCCAGGACAACAUCUCUCCUUCAACAUCAGCAAGACAAAGGAGCUGAUCAUGGACCACAGGAAAACGGAGAGCCAAGCACGCCCCCAUCCACAUUGACAGGGUUGUAGUGGAGCGGGUCGAGAGCUUCAAGUUCCUCAGUACAUCACUAAGGAUCUAUCAUGGUCCACACACACACACACACACACACCUGACAACACCUCAUCCCCCUCAGGAGGUGGAAAUGAUUUGGCAUGGGCCCUCAGAUCCUCAAAACGUUCUACAGCUGCACCAUUGAGAGCAUCUUGACUGGCUGCAUCACCGCUUGGUAUGGUAAAUGCUUGGCGUCCAACCGCAAGGCCCUACAGAGGGUAGUGCGUUCAGCCCAGUACAUCACUGGGGCCGAGCUCCCUGCCAUCCAGGACCUCUAUACCAGGUGGUGUCAGAGGAAGGCCCUAAAAAUUGUCAAAGCCACCCAAGUCAUAGACUGUUGUCUCUGCUACCGCACGGCAAGCGGUACCAAUGCACCAAGUCUGGAACCAACAGGACCCUGAACAGCUUCUACCCCCAAGCCAUAUGACUGCUAAAUAGUCCGUUCUGGUAGAUAUUUGGUUAAAGCUACAAUAUACAACUUUUUGGGCAACCCCACAAAAUGCACAUAGAAAUGUGAGUUAUAGAUCUGUCAUACUCAUUGAAAGCAAGUCUAAGAAGCAGUAGACCUGUUCUAUGUGAGAUAUUUCUAUGCUGUUCCUAGGCCGUCAUUGUAAAUAAGAAUUUGUUCUUAACUGACUUGCCUAGUUAAAUAAAGGUUAAAUGAAAAAAAUUGUACAAUGAUACUCAACACAAUGAAUGCUUGUUUUGUCACAAACUGAAAUUAGGCGAACUUUUAGAAUAUUAGCAACCAGGUAAUUGCGGAGAGAUUUCUGCAUAGUGCAUCUUUAACUAUCUGAAUUGACCCUUUUUGGACAUUUAUUUGUAUUUUUUAAUAAUCUCAUACGCUGCUGUUACUGUUUUUAUUUACUAUCCUGUUGCUUAGUCACUUUAUUCCUAGAUUUUGUACAUAUCUACCUCCAAUUACCUCGUACCCCUGCACAUCAACUCGGUAUUGGUACCCCGUGCAUAUAGCCAAGUUAUCAUUACUCAUUGUGUAUUUAUUAUUACUUUUAUUAUUGUGUUAUUACUUUUCUAUUAUCUCUUUUCUUUCUCUGCAUUGUUGGGAAGUGCCGGUAAGGAUGUAAUUCACUGUUCAAAUUUUAUUGGUCACAUACAUAUGGUGAGCAGAUGUUAUUGCGAGUGUAGCGAAAAUACGUAAAAUUAUUAGUGCCAUUAUUAAAGUGACUAGUGUUCCAUUUAUUAAAGUGGCCAGUGAUUACAAGUCUGUAUGUAGACAGCAGCCUCACUGUGCUAGUGAUGGCUGUUUAACAGUCUGAUGGGCUUGACAUAGAAGCUGUUUUUCAGUCUCGGUUCCAGCUUUGAUGCACCUGUACUGACCUCGCCUUCUGGAUGGUAGCGGGGUGAACAGGUAGUGGCUCCGGGUGGUUGUUGUUCUUGAUGAUCUUUUUGGCCUUGCUGUGACAUCGGGUGCCGGAGGGCAGGUAGUUUGUCCCCAGUGAUGCGUUGUGCAGACCGCACCACCCUCUGGAGAGCCCUGCGGUUGUGGGCGGUGCAGUUGCCAUACCAGACGAUGAUGCAGCCGACGGGAUGCUCUCAAUUGUGCAUCUGUAAAACUCUGUCUGGGUUUUAGGUGACAUGCCAAAUUUGCGCCUUCUUCACCACACUGUCUGUGUGGACUAUUUGUUUGUCUGAUCAAGUCAAAUCUGAUAAAAUCAAGCCUACUACUGUUGUUGUCGUCUGCAAACUUGAUGUUUAAGUUGGAGGCUUGCAUGGCAACGCAGUCAUGGGUGAACAGGGAGUACAGGAGAGGGCUGAGCACGUACCCUUGUGGGGCCCCAGUGUUGAGGAUCAGCGAAGUGGAGAUGUUUCCAACGUUCACCACCUGGGGUUGGCCCAUCAGGAAGUCCAGGACCCAAUUGCAUAGGGUGGGGUUGAGACCCAGAGCCUCAAGCUUAAUGAUGAGCUUGGAGGGUACUAUGGUGUUGAAUGCUGAGCUAUAGUCAAUGAACAGUAUUCUUACAUAGGUAUUACUCUUGUCCAGAUGGGAUAGGGCAGUGUGAUGGGGAUUGGACCUAUUGGGGCGGUCAGCAAAUUGAAGUGGGUCUAGGGUGACGGAUAAGGUGGAGGUGACAUGAUCCUUGACUAGUCUCUCAAAGCACUUCAUGAUGACAGAAGUGAGUGCUACGGGGUGAUAGUCAUUGGUCUGCGCAUGCUCUGUGGACACGGCUAGGGAUGCCUUCUGGGGUCUCCUAUUCCAUCGGCUAUGUAUUAUCCUCAAAGCGGGCAAAGAAGGUGUUUAGUUUGUCUAGAAGCAAGACAUCGGUGUCUGCGAUGUGGCUUGUUUUCCUUUUGUAGUCCGUGAUUGUCUGUAGACCCUGCCACACUUCUUGUGUCUGACCCAUUGAAUUGCGACUCCACUUUUUUUCUAUAUUGACAUUUUGCCUGUUUGAUUGCCUUGCGGAGGGAAUGAUUACUCUGUUUGUAUUCUGCCAUAUUCCCAGUUGCCUUGCCAUGGUUAAAUACGGUGGUACAUUUGUAAGUCUACGCCUGUUGUUUAUGAAGAAUGCGAUGAAUAAAAUUGUAUUUGAAUUCAA